UGCAGCCUUGAUCGAGCACACAGGGGGAUCUAGCUACUCGUACAGCGAGCGAUUGGCAUGGACAUGCUUACAAUAAUAAAACUUAACACCGAGCAUGCCAUUUUGUUAUCAACUUGUAUAACGCGAAAUGUGUUUUGAAGCUGAUUGAAGUAUAUAUAUAUUUUUUACAUUUUGGAGCCUCAUACCGGGUUUUGACAUUUGGAGGCCCUUCGCUCUUCGGCAGACCCACUCAGACCCAGAUAAUGGGCACAACCUGGGCAGGAGCGGCCGACCGAGGAUGCCACUCUGCUGCACUGUGACCAGCCAUGUUCUCGUCCAAGGCUUUUCCCAGAAGGGGCUCCCCUCCCCCGACACUGUGCUUACAUAGGUCAGGAAUACAACUACAUCAUACAAAAGGAACGAUGGUAUGGACUUGUCUGAACUAUGGCACACCUGCAGGAUAAAGGUGAGGUCCCCCGACAUCUGAUACCAAAAGGAAAACCAAGAUCAAGUAGAUCCAUAUUUUAUAAGGACAAAACAAGUCAAUGAACAACUGAUGGUUUAGCGUCCACACUUUCACUAUGUUGACGAGGUUGCACCAUGGCUGCUGAUUCCUGUAGACUAGUAGACUCUCCGGUGCAGCACUGAGCCCAGUGACCCUAACCCAUGAUGCAGCGUAACGGUGGCGGGGUGGGGGCUGGUGGACAGCCGUGGGUGCUGCGGCGCGUGCGCCUCACCUGGCUCAGCUUCAUGCUCUUCUUCAUCCUGGUCUUCUUCCCGCUCAUCGCCCACUACUACCUCACCACCAUCGACGAUGCGGGCGGCCCCGACAAGCGCAUCUUCGGCCCUCGGCCCGGCGGUGAGCUGUGCGAAGCCAAGCACGUGCAGGACCUGUGCCGCAUCCGCGAGUCGGUCAGCGAGGAGCUGCUACAGCUGGAGGCCAAGCGGCAGGAGCUGAACGGGGAGAUCGUCCGGCUCAACCUGCGUAUCGAAGCGUGCAAGCGUAGCAUCGACAGUGCCAAGCAGGACCUGCUGCAGUUGAAGAACGUCAUCAGCCAGACGGAGCACUCAUACAAGGAGCUGAUGGCCCAGAACCAGCCCAAGCUCUCGCUUCCUGUGAGGUUAUUACCUGACAAGGACGACCCAGGACUACCCCCGCCCAAGUCUGCCCACGUCUGCCGCCUGCGCUCCUGCUUCGACUACGCCCGCUGCCCGUUGACCUCGGGCUUCCCUGUGUACGUCUACGACACGGCCUCCUACCCCUGGGGUGAGUCCCUGGACCCGCUGGUCAGGCAGGCCUUCGCCACCUCGGUGAAGAGCAGCAUCUACGUGACGGACAACCCCAGCAUCGCCUGUCUGUAUGUGGUGCUGGUGGGGGAGCUGCAGGAGUCUCCUUCCUCCCCCCUCCCGGCCCCCUCAGCGCUGGAGAAGCAGCUGAAGGCUCUGCCGUACUGGAGGUCUGACGGACACAACCAUCUCCUGGUCCACCUUUCCAGGAAGUCCAUGACGCAGAACUUCCUGUACAAUGUGAGCACGGGCCGGGCGGCAGUGGCCCAGUCCACCUUUCUUGAGCAGCAGUACCGCGAGGGCUUCGACCUGGUGGUGUCCCCACUGGUCCACGCCCUCUCUGAGCCCAACUUCCUGGAGGUGCCGCCCCAGGUGCCUGUCAAGAGGAAGUACCUGUUUACCUUCCAGGGCGAGAGGGUGGAGUCUCUGAGGAGCAGCCUGCAGGAGGGGCCGCCCCAGUCCUUUGAGGAGGAGAUGGAGGGAGACCCGCCAGCCGACUACGACGAUCGCAUCAUCGGAACGCUUAAGGCAGUGCAGGACAGCCACCUGGACCAGGUGCUGGUGGAGUUCACCUGUAAGAGCCCGCAGCCGAGCCUGCCCACAGAGUGGGCCCUGUGUGGGGAGAGGGAGGAGCGGCUAGAGGUCCUUAAGGCCUCCACCUUUGCCUUGGUCAUCUCCCCCGGGGACGGUCAACUGAUAGCCUCAGCGGGCAACGGCAUGAGGCUGUUUGAGGCCCUGGAGGUGGGGGCCAUCCCUGUGGUACUGGGGGACCAUGUCAGGCUGCCCUACCAUCAGCUGGUCCACUGGAGCGAGGCGGCCAUUAUGGUGCCCAAGCCCCGCAUCACCGAGCUGCACUUCCUGCUACGCAGCCUAUCAGACAAUGACCUGCUGGCCAUGCGGCGGCAGGGCCGCUUCCUGUGGGAAACCUACUUCUCUACCUCAGAGAACGUCCUGGGCACAAUUCUGGCUAGCGUCCGGACCCGCAUCCAGGUGCCCCCCGCGCCCAUCCACGAGGAGCCCGCCCAGGAGAUCCCCCACAAGGCGGGCAAGAUGGCGGGCACGGACGCUAACCUGGCCGACAAUGGCGACCUGGACCUGGGUCCCGUGGAGACGGAGCCACCCUACGCCUCACCACGCUUCCUUCGCAACUUCACCUACACAGCAUCUGACACCUACCAGACCUGGAACCGCGCCCCGGGGCCUUUCCACCUCUUCCCUCACACGCCUCUGGACCCGGUGCUGCCCUCGGAGGCCAAGUUCCUGGGUUCGGGCACGGGCUUCCGCCCCAUUGGCAGUGGCACGGGGGGCUCGGGGAAGGAGUUUCAGGCAGCGCUGGGUGGGAACGUGCCCCGGGAGCAGUUCACCGUGGUCAUGCUGACCUACGAGAGGGAGGAGGUUCUGAUGAACUCCCUGGAGAGGCUCAACGGGCUGCCUUACCUCAACAAAGUGGUGGUGGUGUGGAACUCCCCCAAGCCUCCUUCAGACGACCUGCUGUGGCCAGACAUCGGCCUGCCCAUCGUGGUGGUGCGCACGGAGAAGAACAGCCUCAACAACCGCUUCCUGCCCUGGGACGUCGUGGAGACGGAAGCCAUCUUGUCCAUCGACGACGACGCCCACCUCCGCCACGACGAGAUCAUGUUUGGGUUCAGAGUGUGGAGGGAGGCCAGGGACCGCAUCGUGGGCUUCCCCGGGAGGUUCCAUGCRUGGGACGUCAACCACCAGUCCUGGCUCUACAACUCUAACUACUCCUGUGAACUGUCCAUGGUGCUGACGGGCGCCGCCUUCUUUCACAAGUACUAUGCGUACCUGUACUCGUACGUGAUGCCCCAGGCCAUCCGCGACAUGGUGGAUGAGUACAUCAACUGUGAGGACAUCGCCAUGAACUUCCUGGUGUCGCAUAUKACCCGCAAGCCCCCUAUCAAGGUGACGUCUCGUUGGACCUUCCGCUGCCCCGGCUGCCCUCAGGCCCUGUCGCACGACGACUCUCACUUCCACGAGCGCCACAAGUGCAUCAACUUUUUUGUCAAGGUGUACGGCUACAUGCCCUUACUCUACACGCAGUUCCGCGUGGACUCUGUGCUCUUCAAAACGCGCCUACCCCACGACAAGACUAAGUGCUUCAAGUUCAUCUAGCCCAGGGCUAGGCCCAGCUAAGAACGUUGGGCAGAACGGAGCUAGAGAGUGAGGAACUCAGGCAGGACGGAAGAGAGAGCAGAGAGGACUGGUUGUGAGAAAGAGGGAGGUUUUGGGAUGAGGGCUUAAACCCAGGAAUGGAUCUUGGAUGAAUGACACAGACCACACCUUCACUGGAACCUKUGAUAGGCUGGAAGCUGAGAAGAACCUCUGCCAAUCAAGAAGCCUUUUCAUUUUUUAACGUAAUUGUAUUCUUCAUCAUGUCGUUCAUGUGUGUUACAUCAUCAACUACUACACAGAUUUCAUUUAGCUUGUUAUGGGCCUGCAGAGAGAAAGAGGAGAGGACGCUGGCAACACUGCCUGUCCAAGGACAGUGACUUAACUUGACUCUGCGAGACAAACUCAAACUGCCAUUGUAAACGGACUGGUUUUAAACUGACACAGGGAGAGAAUGAGACAGUGGACUGUCACGUGGGCCAGCCCUGAGCUCCUGAAUUGCUAGCUAGACAACGGACUGGUUUUAAACUGCCACAGGGUGGA